GUUUGGCGGUCCUGCUUCUCCUCACCUACCUGGUCUUCACCAUCUUCUGGCCAAUUUCCGCCCUCUACCUGGCCUGGCUGAUUUUCGACUGGGAAACCCCUGAGAGAGGCAUAGAGAAAGAGACUCGUGUUUGGAUGGCAGGGGCCACAUCCCCUCCAGAGAGUCCCACAGAAACUCCAAGGCGGAGCGGGAUGGCAGUCAUGAGAAAGGAAUGAUGGACGAAGGCGGUGUUAAAAGUAUCUUAGAAUCCCCUUUUCUUUUUAAAAUAAUCAAAACCAAGCAAACGAUGCUCAAGGCCAGCCUUGAAAUCUGCCUCCUCCAACUGCCUCUGCUUUCUGCUUCCCUCCUGCCCCUGGAUGCAGUGAUGGAUCUCUUUAUUCCUUUUAGGGAUCUCUCUGGCUCAAUAAAGUUGAAUGAGCCUUUGGUAAAUUACUCAAGGUGGGUAACUAACAUGCAAAACAGACAAACAAAUGUAAAACAUAUAGUAGCAUCUUUGAGACUGACUGAGAGAAAGAAAGAAGUUGGUAACCUAAACUUUGGAGUGUAACUUAGAGUUAGGAAACAGAUUCCAGAUUGGGAGAAGAGCAGAGUACGGAGAGAGGGGCAGCAGGAUCCCAGUUGGGGAAAGGAAGGAGUCUGAGGAAAGCCUGGGAGGGGAAGAAGACUUCCUUGGGACUUGGGCGAGGCGAGAGCAGAGCAACACCCGCAAGUGCAGAGUGUGUGUGUGUGUGUGUGUGUGUGUGUGUGUGUGUGUGUAGAGAGAGAGAGACAUGAUGUUGGGAAACAUAAAGUGCAGACCAAGAGGUCAGGAUGGAGGAUAGGAAGGGCAGCAUGACAGCCAGCCCUCUGAGGGCAAAUGGAAGGGCUUUUAAAAAGUGUCCAUCCUUGGAAAGUGUUGACCUUGCACCCCUGUUUUGAGAAUGCCCUCCCAAAGUAUUAACGUGUAAAUGUACUUGUGAAUAAAUAUGCAGGAUUGCAUUGCUAGUGUGUAUUUUCAAGGUGUGUGUCAAGGUAACAGAGGAAAUACCCACAUUCUGGGAAUUACUGCAAGCUAUGACAACUCUGCAAUGUAAGCUAAACGUUGAUCCUUUCACUUCUUGGUUCGUGGCUUGAAGAAGGCUGUAAAAGUCUUCUAACUUUAAUAGAAUAGUGAGUUUCUUAAAAGAUUAAAAUUAUUAUUAAACUUUAUUUGUAAAGCACUCUAAAUUUGCAGAACGCCGUGAAAUCCCUCGAAGCAGCCAGAGAAAGGGACCAGGCUGAAAAGGAGUCUGGCCUCGGCCAUCAUGUUCCCAGAAGUCCGAGCGGCAAGAAGCCGAGGAGGGGGUCCGGCUGGAGGGGAUGAGGGGGGGCUUACUCGGUUGAUUAUUCGGCCAAGGGAAGCACAAUCACAGUCAGCACAUGGGGGGGUCUCAAAUGGGGUGGGGGUCGAGAGAGAGAGAGACCAAGCGGCCCAGAUGAGAGCAGUCUCUCUCCCUCUCUGCCUUGGCUUCAUCCCCUCCUUCCCGGCCCCCUCCGUCCUGGUCCCAAAGUCCAUCCAGCAUCAUCGAGAGAGGCUUAAGGGAUGGACGGAAUGCACUCCAAGGCCGAGAGCAGGAGGCGGGGAGCUCCCUCGGAGGGAUGGGGGGCGGGCGGGGGUCCCGUCCACUGCUGUCGGCACCUGGUUCCUUUGGCGAAGGACGCUCGGCUGCCUGCCCUUCAGCCCGAGAUCCCACCGCUCCCUCCGGGGAUUUUCUGCGGGGGGAGGGGGCUCUUGUGGGAGGCCAAAGCGCCAUCGGGGACAAGCUGCUCGCUUUCCUGGGGGGGGCGCUGGGGCCCCGCGGGAGUUGCGUUGCUUUGGCUGAUGGGGCGAGAGGGGGCGACCAAGCAGCACACGACCCCCGAUCCAGCCACAGAGACACCCCCCCCGCCGCGUUGGCAGGCCUCCGAAGACUGUUUUAAGACAAUUUUAAAACAACGUUUUGUUUCUGCUCUGAUUUUCUUGUUCAUCGCUUUGGGGGACAGAAAAGCAAUAGAUGCACCUGAUAAAUAACCAAGCCCCUCCCCCGCUUCCCUUUUGGGGGAGGCAGGGAGGGGCGCCUUGGGGAAGGGGCCCUCCGUCGUUGCGGAGGGUGGCAGUGGCUUCAACCCCCGACCGACCCCCCUUCCCCCGAUGCCUCCUUUUAGGCGGGAGGAGCUCGGCCUGGGUUCGCGCCUGGCCCCUCUGGAACCACUUCCGAGACUACUUCCCGGUGCAGCUGGUGAAGACCCACCCGCUGCCUCCGGGGCGGAACUACCUGGUGGGCGUCCACCCGCACGGCAUCCUCUGCGUGGGCGCCUUCUGCAACUUCGUCACGGGCUCCACGGGCUUCGCGGAGAAGUUCCCGGGCAUCCGGCCCUUCCUGGGCACCCUGGCGGGCAACUUCCGCCUCCCGGGCUUCAGGGAGUACCUCAUGAGCGGCGGCCUCUUCCCGGUCAGCCGCCGGGCCAUCGAGCACCUGCUUUCGCGGAACGGGACCGGGAACGCCGUGGCCAUCGUGGUCGGGGGCGCCGCCGAGUCGCUGGCCUGCCGCCCGGGAGUGACCGCCCUCAUCCUCCGCCGCCGGAAGGGCUUCGUCAGGAUGGCCCUCCAGCACGGGGCCCACCUGGUUCCGGCCUUCUCUUUCGGGGAGAACGACCUUUUCCAGCAGGUCUUCUUUGAGGAAGGGACCUGGAUGAGGUGGCUGCAGGACGGCUUCCGGAGGCUGCUGGGCUUCGCUCCCUGCUUCUUCUACGGCAGGGGCCUCACCUCGGCCCACUCCCGGGGCUUCCUGCCUUUCCCGCGGCCGGUCACCACCGUCAUUGGAGAGCCCCUGACUGUGCCCAGGAUCGAGCACCCAGCGCGCGAGACAGUGGAUCUGUACCACGCCAUGUACGUCCGCUCCCUUUGCAAGCUCUUCGAGGAGCACAAGGCCAGGUACGGCCUUUCGGAAGCGGACACGCUGCAGAUCCUUUGACGGAGAACCGUCUGGAGGGGACACCAGGCCGCCACCUCCUCUCCCCGCAAGGGGUCAGUGGGCCUGGGCUGCCUGACCGUGACCCCUUGGCAAGGCAAGCUGCCUGGCUCUUGGAUGAUGCCCAGAUGGACAAGGGACCCGGACAGCUGGAUAUCCUGGUGGAUUGGGCCCCGUGUUGGAGCAAGUCUCUCUCUCCUCCUCUCUCUCUCUCUCUCUCUCUCUCGAGCGAGAGGCUGCGGUGGUCUUUACAUUUCGCUUCCCGCGCUCCUCCAUGUUUGGGGCUGGCAGCAGUUUCUGGAGAUGAGUGUGCUGAAGAAAGUCCUGACUUUUCUAUCACCAAAAUAUUCGUGAGCGUCGAAAGAUGGUCUCCUGAAAGAGUGACAGGAGAGCCCUUCGCAACUGGCCAGCCAAAGGCGGUGCUGGAAGGAGGCCUUCGCUGCCUGGACCAGAAGGCCACGCUUUCAGGAAGCCCGGCUCGGCCUCCUGGGGGGCAGGGCAGGGCAGGGCAGGGCAGGGGGUGGACAGCGGAGCCCUGCUGGGGACCUGCUUCUGCUCUUGAGAACUCUGCAAGACCAAGUGGUGCGCAGUCUUAAUGGCUCCCUUCGCACACCUGCCUGACCCACAGGUGCCCCCAAACAGCUGACCCAGCAAACACCCAUAAAUUGGGGGGGGGUUGUUUUCCUUCCUCCUGGGGACCGACGAUGUCACAAUCGGAAAGGAGGACAAGGCACCAAAAAUGUAGGAUGUCCAAAAUAAGCGCUAAAAAUACACAUAUAAAUAUAAAUGCAUGCUUCUUAGUCCUGCUAAAAAUGGAGGACACUUUGGAAUUCCUUCUGGAGGGAAUGUCCUGGAAAAGGAGGACGUCUGAUCACCUUAUGGGGGGCGUCUAGUCACGGAGCCCUACAAAUGCCGAAAACAAGCCCCUCUGCUCCUGGCCUGCGCCUGCCCCUUCGGCCCCCGCCCCCCAUGAGUGCUAGCACAGCCUUGUCCUCCGCCCUUUCUACCCCUCCAGUCCUUGCCCUCGGCUGCCAGGGGCUCCUCCGGUCCAGGGCCCCCAGCGUGGCUCCCAACAGGCCCUGCCAGGUGUGGGGGGCUUUGCUCUCUAGGGGACGGGUGGGUCUCUGCCCCCUGCCCUGCCUUUCCAGCCUUCCUCCUCCUCGUCCCUCGCGGGCCUCUUGCCACGCUGGCCAUUGCCCCCCACCCGCGGCCCUUCUAUGCGGGCUCUGCGUCCACACGCUGCCAGACAGGAAUCAGAUCGGCCUCGCCAUGCGGUCGGUCGAGGGGAGAUUCAAGCUAUUAUUUAUGCUUUCACUUGUGUUAGUUAGCUGUGUGCUUUUCAUGGAAUUGUUUAUUUACUUGCCUUUAAACUUUGGUAUAAUAAAAGUUUCGCGGC